AUGAUCCCCCAACAGCGCUAUCACUCCGUCGAGUGUAAGACAUUAGAUGGCAUCACUCUUGAAGGAUGGUUCUACGAGGUUGAAGGUCUAGCCCCAGCUAUCAUAAUGACUCAUGGCUUCAAUUGUGUCAAGGAGAUGAGCCUGCCAGAGAUUGCUGAGAACUUCCAAAGUCAUGGCUACAACGUUUACCUCUACGAUUCUCGCAGUGUUGGCAGCAGUGGUGGAAUGCCGCGCAAUCAGAUUGAUCCUCUCAAGAUGGUUGAAGACGUUUCCGACGUUGUCACACACGUAUCCAGUAUGCCAAGCGUGGACCCCCGUCGUGUCUUCCUUUGGGGCAUGUCACUUGGCGGAACCGUCAGCGCGUGCGCAGCGGCCGUAGAUCAGCGUAUCGCAGGCGUGUUGAUGGUCUGUCCCAUCUUCAGCUUCGUACGGCCUGAUAAACGUCAACGAGCUUUCGCGCAUUUGAUCAAAGACCGAGUUUCGCAGCUGCGUGGUAAUGCGCCUCUGACACUACAGCCAUUCAAUAGCAAGGGUGAGAAUCCUAUCGGCAUGGCUGGAUCGGGCGGGCCGGGUGGUAACGAAGCGUAUACCCUGAUGCGUACAGCGGCUGAACGGGGCCAUCCGAACUUCCGUGAUCGCAUUACCCUGCAGACGUACCAUAAGCUCGCCUUAUUUUACCCCAUGGAGAUCAUCGGCAUGAUUGCGGAUGUACCGGUCAUGAUGAUGAUCCCUGAGCUGGACGACAAUAGCCCGGCAGAGGUACAGAAGCAAGCCUUUGGCCGAUUGCAGACACCAAAGCGUAUGUACUGGGCCGAAAAUGCUGGUCACAUGACCAUUUUAACGGGUGAAGGGGCUCCGAAUAUUUUGAGCGCUAUGCAUGUCUUCUUCAAAGAAGUGUGCGAAGGAACUUUCGAGAGCGAUCCGUACUAG